GGAGUUUCCAAGCUACACCUAAGCGGCUCUUCGCCGGACACGUGCAACACGUAUAUUACACCGUAUGGUAUCAUCGUCGGUCGUCGAGAUUUUGGGUCCUUGCCCUUUCGGCUCUCCUCGUCAUCGUCGUCUCCGCGACAAUUGUAAAUUGUAACCCGCAGUUGGCGGCUCCUCUACACCAGUGUGUGUCCAUAAUCUAUACCUACUUGUCCGUCCCAUCAGAUGUGUAGCUGUGCAACACUUCUCUAUAAGUUACGAUAAAAAUAUACGUUUCUAUAUCAUAAGACAUAGGUAUAACUCAACGUCGAGCUUUCUCUGAAAUUUUAACAGUGUGUAUAUAAAAAUGGCAGCUACGAGAAGGCUGCAAAAGGAGUUGGGCGAUUUGCGAGCUUCGUCGAUGAAGUACUUUACAAAUAUACAGGUCGAUGAGUCAAAUAUCCUCACUUGGCAGGGCCUUAUACAGCCGGACAAUCCACCUUAUAACAAAGGUGCUUUCCGAAUUGAAAUCAAUUUCCCAGCUGAGUAUCCUUUCAAACCACCAAGAAUAAAUUUUAAAACCAAGAUAUAUCAUCCAAAUAUUGAUGAAAAGGGACAAGUGUGUUUGCCAAUGAUCAGUGCUGAAAACUGGAAACCAACCACUAGAACAGAUCAAGUGAUACAAGCACUAAUUGCGUUAGUCAACGACCCAGAACCCGAACAUCCACUGAGAGCUGAUUUGGCAGAGGAAUUCCAAAGAGACAGAAGGAAGUUCCUUAAAAAUGCAGAAGAGUACACAAAGAAAUAUGCUGAAAAAAGGCGAGAUACAGCAGACUAAUCAUGUUCAUUGUAAUUAACACCAAGAUGCCUGACACUUUUUUCCAGAUUUUGCUAGAAUGUGUUUCUGUAUCAAAAGUGGAAUCAGGCUGAGGACAUUUUUGUACAGUAUAAUUUUGAUUUUGAUGCCGAAGAUAAAUACAUAAAAAUUGUACUAUUUAUAUGAAGAAAAAAAAAAAAAAAAAAACUUUUAGGAAAUAACGUAUGUUGUAAUUAACUAUUGUGUAACAUAUGUCUUCAUUAAUAAUGAAAUACACCUUUUAUUUAAAAAGUGUGUACUUUUCAAGUUUCUCUGAUAACUUAUUUAUAUGCUUUAUGUUAAAUAAUUGCACUCCUGAUAUAUUAAGUAGGUAGCCUAUUACAAAUUGUAAAUUGUUAUUUGCAACUAAAGGUUAAGUAGCAAGGUAACUUUGUUAAUGAAAAGAGAGUUUAUUGCAAUUUUUAAUGCAUUCAGCUCAGAGUAGUACCCAGCUUGACGCUUUAUUUUGUGUGAAAUAAAUUACUGAAAGACUUUUUCAGNAG